AUGUCGAAGCACGGGAUGCGCGACUCUAUGGAGGAGGUGUUGGUGGAGAGGAGCAAUGGGUCUGCCGAAGCCCAGGUGGUUGGAUCGACUCAACUCUUCAAGGAUGGAAAGCUGCGAUGCGUCCCGAUGCCCACACCCGAUCCCAAAGACCCUCUCAACUUGCCUGAGUGGAGGAAAUGGGCCGCCAUUAUAACACUAUCAUUAUUUGGUGCGCUGGCUCUUUCGGCGGAGACAAUCGUCGGCGCCUUGGUGCCCAUUUUCGUCCUCGAGUAUGCCGGCAUCGACCCCAAGAUCCUCGGAAAGAUUGAUCUCAGCACACUCAACCUCGCUGGAGCGAACGGAAAGCCAGCCGACCCAAUCCAGCUGCUGAACAGCCUAGGAGGGCCGCCAAUCUCCAAAGUCGACCUGAUCUCAACCCUGCCUAUCCUCGUCAAUGGUAUUGCAUCUUACGUCUUGGUCCCACUGUCCAUCGGUGUCGGCAGGCGACCAGUCAUCCUGUUCUCGGGUGUCCUGGCUUGGGCAGGUGGCCUGUGGGCAGGAUUCAGCACCAGUUUGAACAGCCACAUUGCUGCGAGAGUGUUCCAGGGAUUCGGAGCCGGCGCUGUUGAGGCUCUGAUUCCCCUCAUCCUGCAAGACAUGCUGUUCAUUAACCAGCGUAACAAGGCCUUCUCGCUCAUCAGUGCCGGCCAAGGUCUCUUCGUUGUCAGUAUCGGUUUGACCAGCCCACUCAUUAUCGUGAACCUCAGCUGGAGGUGGAUCUAUUAUAUCACUGCCGGUGCCGGUAUCCUUGUAUGGAUUGCGAUGAUCUUCUUUGUUCCCGAGACACGAUGGGAGCGUUCCCAAGAUGAGCUUGCUGGAAGGGAGGUCUUCCCACUGCGUCCCGGCGAGGUACGGCCGCGUCUCGACCACGCCAGGUACGGAUACCGCACCAACAAGAACGACUUCGGCCUCUUCUCCGUUCCAUUCAAGUGGAACCUGUGCAGGCGCUCCGUCGUCGAGACCGUCAAGGCUACAUUCUUCCCCAACGUGCUUUGGGUCAUUGCUCUUAACUCGAUCUUCAUCGGUGCGCUCUCAGCCACGACUCAGAACGCCGCGGCUAUCAUCCUCAGUCUCAAGCUCAAGUUCACGCAACUGGGACUGGUUGUUCUACCCGUCGUCGCCGCCACCCCAUUCGUUUGGUUCUUUGGCGGCUACUUGGCCGACAAGAUCAGCAACAAGUAUGCCAAGCGCAAUGGAGGAAAGAGAGAGCCAGAGGCCCAUCUGAUCAGUCUCAUCUUCCCCUUGCUGGCCGGCGUUGCUGGGCCCAUCCUGUUCGGCUACGCUGGUCAGAACACGGCGUCGCGGCCACUUGUCCCGCUCCUGGUUGGAUUCUUCCUCAUCGGCUUCGGUGGAUUGACCAUGAACUCACUUGUGAGCGUAUACUUGGUUGAGUGUUACCCGAACUUUGCUGGCCCUGUUCUCGUAACUAUGUCCUCAUUCCGCCUUAUCGCCGGAUUCUUGAUUAGCUUCAAGUCCGCUGACUGGAUCCUGGACAUUGGCUUCAUCAAGACCUUCAGUAUUUACAGUGGAAUCAUGCUUCUCUUCACACUCAUGCUUCCCCUUGUCUUCUAUUACGGCAAGCAGAUGAGGUUGUGGAGCGCUGGCAAGCUCGGUGCUGGUGGAGAUGAUGACUCGAAGAGCAUGAAGAGUAUCGAGAUGGACUGGGACAGGCAGAGCCGCAAGAACUGA